AUGACGACAUCCGGACCGCCACCAUGGGCUUCCAAGUACAUCGCGGAUGUCGAACUACACGGACCGCUAUCUUCGCCGAUCUGCGUCGUACGCAAAGGCACCACCUGCCAAUAUCAAGUUCAAGUCGGCAAAGAGAGUAGGUCCUUCUUGCAUCAUCCUCUCUCUCCAACAGGAAGGAACGAGUGGGGCGACUUGUUGAAGAGGUUCAGCAAAGAAGAGAAGAGCAGAAAAGUCGACUUUCCUGGUGUCGCUCACCCGCCGAUUGUUUACAAGCCUAGUGAGUGGGUGUGGGAGAGGAUGGAUAGCAAUAUCAGGACGAUUCUCAUCCGCGCCUUGCAGAUCUCGAAUAGAAAUGUUACGAUCAAGGAUUUGAGCGACAAAAAGAACGUGGACGCAGUCGAGCACCUCGAGCGCAACCACCGACAGCUCUAUCACCCCAGUGAUCGAGAGAGGCUGGCUGUUUUUGAGGAUGAACACAAGCUGUCCUGCUGGGCUCGUCACUUCGGCAGAGGAUUGAUCGUUGUCAGCCCUGAGUUGAACCUGGACCGUAAGAACUACUCAGCCCAUAUGCAACCCAACUACAAAGAACGACCCGCGCUUCGUGCACGAUACAGCACCGGAAUACAAGAGGAGUUUCCGCCGAUCGUCCUUGGGUGUCUUCCGAACGGUACGCAAGCCAAGAUAUGGUUCUGUUUGGAACCGGUUGAUACCACCAAGAAUGUUCUUAAGAGUCUCUGGGAAGGUUGCGACUGGAUCAACGACGUCGAACAGUUCAUCUGGGCUGCUGUCUCGUUCCAACGUACGAUCGUGUUGCAGGCUACCCCAGUUCCAGAUCAGCAUUUGGGCGAGGUCCUCAAGCAAUACGGACAGUAUCUCUUGAAUAAUUACGGCAAGCCCUUCGAAUACAAGAAGGCCAAGUGCAGCCCUGCCUCUCCACAGGUCACCUUCCAUGAGCUCACUCAGUGGAUCCUCGCUUCCAACGAGACGAGCAGCGCGAAGCGUUACGCGAAGGCCUGA